CUUCUUCUUCUUCUUAUUAUUAUUGUUGUUGUGCGUAGCUGUAACUGUAAGAGCUUGUUCAUCAUCUUCUUCUUCCUCUUUUUCUUUAUCAAAAGAAGAAUAGAACAUAACACAACAGAAAAAGUAAUUUUUUUUUAAUAAAAUAAAAAAAUAAUAAGUUGUUGUUGUUGUUGUUGUUCUUCAAUUGUUUGGAUCAAAUAAUCAAUUUAUAUCAAAUGAAUUGAAUGCACAUCUUCUUCAUCAUCUGCUAGGGUUUAUCAUCUUCUCAUCUCAGAUUAACAUUCCACAACUGAUUCUACCAUUACUGUCGCUCAAUUGUAGCUGAAGCUGAUCGAUUCUGUAGUUCGAACAUGGCGGCUGACCUUGUCCAUUCUGCCACAAAUGAGAAACUGUCUGAAUUGGAUUGGACCAAAAACAUCCAAAUCUGCGAAUUGGUCGCUCAUGAUCAAAAACAAGCUAGAGACGCAGUUAAGGCUAUCAAGAAACGAUUGGCCAGUAAACACAUAAAUACUCAGCUCUAUGCUGUUUUGUUGCUGGAGAUGUUAAUGAAUAAUAUUGGAGAAAAUAUUCAUAAGCAGGUUAUCGAUACAGGGAUUCUCCCUGUUCUUGUCAAGAUAGUCAAGAAGAAGUCAGAUUUGCCAGUACGAGAGCGUAUAUUUCUCCUUCUAGAUGCGACACAAACAUCUCUUGGGGGUGCUUCUGGAAAAUACCCUCAGUACUACAAUGCUUAUUAUGAGUUAGUGAGUGCGGGAGUGCAGUUUUCCCAAAGGCCCUCUGCAGUCACCUCAAAUCACCCCACAUCGCAACCAAAUAUUAACCACUUGCUUAAUGGGGAAGUAGCAGCAUCUAGACAUGAAACGCUUGCUUUGCAAGCUGAGCCUCAAGACGUUCCUGAAUCAAGUAUCAUUCAAAAGGCCAGUAAUGCAUUGGAGGUAUUAAAAGAAGUUCUUGAUGCUGUGGAUUGUCAACAUCCUGAGGGAGCAAAGGACGAGUUUACACUUGAUCUUGUUGAACAAUGCUCAUUUCAAAAGCAAAGGGUAAUGCAUCUAGUGAUGGCUUCUCGGGAUGAGACGGUGGUAUCUCGAGCUAUUGAGCUAAAUGAGCAGCUCCAGAAAGUUCUUGCCAGACACGAUGCUCUCCUUUCAGCUAAGCCUAGUUCAACUGUGAAUCAUUUGAGAUCGGAAGAAGUAGAGGAGGAAGAGGAGGCUGAACAACUUUUCCGAAGGUUACGGAAAGGAAAAGCUUGUGCAAGGCCGGAAGACGAAGAGCGUCCAGCAGAACGACCUCACCUGGGGUUGCUCGGGUCAUCAAUUCCUGGAGAAAUGCUGAAUCGUCCACUCAUUCGACCACUGUCUUUGGAACCAUCACACGAACCAAAUGGAUAUGCUGGAAGUCCACUUAUACGGCCGCCACCGCCACCACCGCCACUGUCUUCAGAGCCAUCACAAGAAGUGAACGGACACGGUGGGGGUGUCGCCAUUCCACCGCCACCAGCAAAACACAUGGAGAGGGAGAGAUUCUUUCAGGAAAACAAGAUGGAGGGUUUGCCGGGUCAUGUAAGAGGACUCUCGUUGCACAGUCGCAAUGCCAGUAGCUCACGCAGCGGGAGCAUAGAUUCGAGCGAGUGAUGAAUCAAGAUUUUGAUGGUUGGUUGGUUGGUUGGUUGGUUUUGAUUUGUUGUAGUAGUGGCUUUUGGUGUUUACAGUUUUUACAGUGUAGUAGUAGUAGCAGCAUUAGUAGUAGUAAUAGUAUUAGUAAAGUAUGUAAUUUAUUGGGGUCGGUGUCGUCUGGUGUAUUUUGAUUGUUUUGGGUUUUUGGGUCUUAGCUCUAUAAUUUAGUUACCACUUCCCCUCCCCACCCUGUCCCUGGUGAGUCUGAGUGAGUUGUAAAGAGAAUCUUUUUAUUUUUUCUUCUUUGUUUCUUUCUUCUUUUUUCCCCUUAUCUUAUUGAAUUUAUUUAUCCCAAUACCAUAUGUGUCGACUGUGGAUAGUAGACAAGUGUGGGUCUUGGGGGUCAGGCCAGGUGUGUCGAUAGAUUUUUAUAACUUUCCUUUGCUUAUUAUAUUCAGUUCAUAGUACGUGAUAUUCGAUGAUGUAGAAUGAAGCAUUCCUUAUUUUAUUCA